AUGCUCCGGGCUUUAUGGGGAGAACGACGAAUUCAAUCAGGACUUCCCUCGACAUCCGCCACUCGAGACCUGCACGAGGUAUCACUGGGAGACAUUGAACGGUGGACAGAAGCCCAUGAAGUACAGCAGACUAUCGCCAACAGCGGCGAGGCGCAGCACCUGGACUCUAACUGGGAGGCCCGCUUCAAUGCGGUGGAUGGCCACCGAGCCCUGUACCAUCGCGACCUUCAUCACUUAAAUGAACAUCUACCCUCAAAUGUAAGCGGUUUCCAAACCGUCGCCAGGCUGGCCAACAAGGGAUGGAUCACGAUUGCCAAGUCGGCCAUCUGUGGUGCGAUCAGAGUGGCUUCAUUUGCCACUCAGCCAGCAGGCACCGAAUUCGUGACCGAGCAUGUCCUGGAUAAACAAAGUCUAAGAAACUACCCGGAGUACAUGACCAAGUGA